AUUCUAGCGCCUGAGGCGUUCUAACAGCAACAGCUGCACCAUUUAAGGUGGAACGGGGAAAAUUCGAGCAAGAAGCUGGUUCUUGUUUACAGUGGCUGUGCGGUUGCCGAGCAACCCCGCUCAGCGGCGCUCUCAUUGGUCAGAAACUUCUGGAACGAGGCCGGUGGCUGAGUGGCGAGGAGAAGAUGAGGAAGUUCUGGAAAGUUCGCGGAUUAAGCUAUAUAUGUCUCCGGGUCGGCGCCGCUACGCAGCCAGGAUACAACAGCGAGAAGUAGGAGAAGACGUGGCUGCCAGAGUCCUGCUGAUAUCGCUGAGCCUUGCACGGCUUUGCCGGAGCGGAGCGGAGAGUCGCCAUGGCCGUCGUGGGUUUUGACUUGGGCUUUCAGAACUGCUACAUCGCCGUUGUGAAAAGCGGGGGGAUCGAAACGGUGGCGAAUGAUUUCACUGACCGCUGCACGCCAGCCGUCGUGUCGUUUGGCCCAAAGAACAGAUCUGUUGGGAAUGCAGCAAAAAACCAGGCUAUAACCAAUCCUGCCAGUACUGUGUGUAAUUUCAAGAGGCUGCAUGGCAGACUGUUUGAGGAUGCUGUCGUUCAAGCAGAGAUGGCCAAUUUACCGUAUGAUUUAGUACCACUGUGUGAUGGCAGAGUCGGGGCAAAGGUUGUGUACCUGGAGAAGGAGCACCAGUUCACUAUUGAACAGAUCACUGCCAUGUUGCUGACUAAGAUGAAAGAAACUGCAGAGGCCAGUCUACAGAAGAAAGUAGCUGAGUGUGUCAUCUCUAUCCCUUCAUUCUUCACUGAUUCAGAGAGGAGGUCUGUACUGGAUGCUGCCAAGAUUGCUGGCCUGAAUUGCCUGAGGCUGAUGAAUGACACCACUGCAGUGGCACUGAAUUAUGGCAUAUACAAGCAAGAUCUGCCAGGUCCUGAGGAGAAGCCUAGGAUUGUGUUCUUUGUUGACAUGGGGCACUCAGCCUUUCAAGUGUCUGCCUGCGCAUUCAAUAAAGGAAAGCUGAAGGUUCUCUCCACUGCAUUUGAUCCGUAUUUGGGUGGCAGGGACUUUGAUCAGAGGCUUGUGGAGCACUUCUGUGUAGAGUUCAAGUCCAAGUACAAGCUGGACGUUAAGUCCAGAGUUCGAGCUUUGUUGCGGCUCCAGCAGGAAUGCGAGAAACUUAAGAAACUGAUGAGCAGCAACUCCACAGACAUCCCUCUGAACAUCGAGUGCUUUAUGGACGAUAAGGACGUGUCGGGGAAGAUGAAUAGGGCCAAGUUUGAGGAGCUCUGUGCUGACCUGAUUGAGCGAGUGACCGUUCCUCUAGUGGCUGCUCUGGAGCAGGCUCAGGUGCAGCUGCAGGACAUCAGCGCGGUGGAGAUUGUUGGAGGAGCUACACGCAUCCCUGCUGUGAAGGCCCAGAUCAGCAAAUUCUUCAAAAGGGAUGUGAGCACCACACUCAAUGCAGACGAAGCGGUGGCCAGAGGCUGCGCCUUACAGUGUGCCAUGCUCUCCCCUGCAUUCAAAGUGCGAGAUUUCUCCAUCACAGAUGUUAUCCCAUUCCCCAUCUCUCUCUCCUGGAGCAGCGAAGCAGAUGAAGCCAAGUCUUGUCAUGAGAUAUUUGGCAAGAAUCACCCCUCUCCUUCUUCCAAAGUUAUCACAUUCCACAGGAACAAACCCUUUGUUCUGGAAGCUUUUUAUUCAGAUCCUGGAUCUCUGCCAUUCCCUGAGGCCAAGAUUGGUGAGUAUAAAGUGCAGAAUAUCCAGGCCCAGGACAAUGGAGAGAAAUCAAAAGUGAAGGUCAAAGUCCAAGUAAAUGCCAGUGGCAUUAUGGAUGUGACCUCAGCCACCAUGGUGAUGAGGGUCAGCGCUGCAGAUGCUGAUGGAGACCUUGGGGAAAACACCAUUGAGGAGGUCAGCACCCAGGAUGGUCUGGAUGAGGCGGACGGACAGGUACGUUCCCAGGAGUCAAAUGAUCAUACUCCACUAGACAGAGAAAACCAGCCCACAGCCCAGUGUCCCCCCAUGGAUAAAGCGCCGAAUCUUUCACACUCACUGGCCAACGGAGAGUUCAGUGGCCAGCCCCCCAAUGCAAAAAAAGCCAAGAUGAAGGUCAAACACGUGGGACUGCCUAUCGAGGAGAAAAUUACACUGCAGCUCCCAAAGGAUCACCUUAAUACUCUCACAGAGCUGGAGGGCCAGAUGAUCCAGCAAGACCAGCAGGAGAAGGAGAGGAACAAUGCCAAAAAUGCAGUGGAGGAGAGCGUGUACUUCUAUCGCCACAAACUGGAGGGUCCCUAUCAGACGUUCCUAAGCGCUAAUGAGCAGCAGAAGUUCUUUGAACUUCUGAAUCUCACAGAGACUUGGCUGUAUGAAGAAGGAGCAGACCAAGACAAGCAGACGUAUCUGCACAAACUGGCAGAAAUCCACAAACUGGGCAUGCCUGUUAAAGACAGAUACCAGGAGUCUGUGAAGAGACCCAAGCUGUUUGAGCAACUCUCGGCCAAAAUACUGCAAUACAGUACAAUCAUGGAGGAGUAUAAGAAUGGGAGUGAAAGCUACAAGCAUAUUGAUGAGCCGGACAUGGAGAAGGUGAGGAAAUGCGUGUGGGAGACACAUGAGUGGAUGACCACCAUGAGGAACUCCCAGGAACAGCUCAGGCCCGAGGACGAGCCUGCAGUUCACAGCACUCAGAUCCACGAGAAACUACAGACUCUGCUGAACGUAUGCGAGGAGAUUGUUUCAAAACCCAAACCUAGAGUGGACUCUCCUGCUGAGGAGAGCAUGCAAACAGAGUGUACCGUUAAUAAGAGUCCUGAAGACGUAACCAUGGAAUACAAUGAUAUUUUACAGAAUGGAGAGAAAAGCAGUCAUGAAGGAGACUGAACAGAAUAUGAAUGUAUGCCAUGUGUUUAUAUGUCAUAUUGUUUUUGAAAGAGAGAUGUUUAACACUUGUCUUUAAAUAGGGUACGGAUGUUUAAAAUCAUUCUUUGUUUUGUUAAGUUUUCCAUUUUGGUUAAAUGUUUCUGCCUUUUUGUUCGUCUGCCUUUGAUAGUGACGCUGAGCAGUUUCUUUACUGAGUAAAUUUAUUUAUUGCAAAUAAACACAUAGUGAGUUUUGCCAGAAUUUGCAUUAUACAAACCUGUCCUGUGAAGCUUAAAGGGGAAUUCUGCCAAUAUUUCAAAAUUUCUUCAUAAUGCAGUAGUUGAGAUGGAAACAAAGUCAUUCAGAAUGGUGCACUGUAGAGAAAUUAGCUGGCAUGGAAACGGGUCACGAUGUCGACAACACAAAUACGACCAUUUCAUUUAAUAUCCAAAAUGACCAGUGAACCUACAUGUCGUAUUAGUUUUUAUAUGUACUGUUGAUAAUGAAAAAAUAGUGGUAAAUCCAAAAAUUUCAUUUUCUUUGGGUACGAUUUUGCUUUACAGCACCUUGCAUGUACCCCUCCACCAAGAACGGAUUAAAAAAAUUAGGCCAAAAACUUAUUUCAAAACUGUUGUAAAACAAUGAGUGUGUUUACAUGCACUUAAUAAUCCGAUAACUGCAGAAAAUCAGAUUUUGUCAGUAAUCCGAUCAGCAUGCACUUCAGUAAUCAGAUCAUGUGAAACUCUGGGUUUACGUGAGCUGGAUUUCUGCUUUGCAACCAGCCAUAAACUCAGAGAAGACGUGGCGUAAACGUAAUGUAAACUCAAACUUUGUGCAGAAGCUUUUUUUUUAUAAAAAGAUUCUAUUUCUAGAUCGGAAUAUGCUGUUUACAUGACCAUUUGAAUAAUCGGAUAACUGCAGAAAUCCGAUUAUGAUCAGAUUAUUGAGUGCAUGUAAACACACUCAUUGUUUCAAGCAUCAGGCAAUCUAUAUCCGUUUCAUGUAAUAAUGUUCUGAUGAGCUUUCAAAUGCUUUGGACAUCUGGUUCCUAUCACUUCUGUUGUGAACAGUUCUGACUCAAGUUUCUCUUGAACAGCGCAUUUCACAUCAAACCAUUUUGCAUGACUUUACAUCUUGAUGAUGUAAUUGUGCAUAAAUUUAGCAUAAAUUCCCCUUUAAGAACGUUGCAAACCUCAAUGCAUGUUCUGUAUGUGUUAUCAACAGAGCACAGAAUCACUGCAAGCAGAAAUAAAACAUCAGUAGCUCAA